AUGCAAAAAAUACUCAAUUUUAGGGAAUACUUUUUAAAUCCAAAAGGAAUCAAGAUUGUGCCUACUUCUAAUUUCAAGAGAGCAACACCUAUUGAGCGACUAUUCGAUUAAUCUGUAGUAUUGCAUAGAGCAGAGAAGCAAUUAGAGAAAAAUGUUGUUGCAUUCAAAUUACAACCAUACAAAUAUUCAUUGAAUAAACCUGAAAUAAAGCAAUAUUUUAUGCAAUUGUACGGAUUGAAUGUUGAUAAAGUGAACACUAUUAAUUAUAUGGGAGCAAUUAAGAGAUCACCCAAAGGAGGUCGUUAUAGAGAGAAGGAUUUUAAGAAAGUGUAUUUAUAACUAAAUGAAGAAAUUGAACCAUUCUUUUAGAAAAUAGAGAAGUGA